UUCAAUUCAAAUAUUAUGAGUGACUAAUAUCUCCCACCCUUCCACAUUCACACUUCCCACAGCACAAGAAUACCAGACACAAUGCACGGAAACACGCCGGUGAGAAAGCCACACACCUCCACCUCCGAUCUCCUCACCUGGUCUGAACUUCCUCCGCCGGACUCCGCCGCCACCGCCUCCGCCUCCGCCUCCUCCGGCAUCCGCUCUCGCCAGCCUUCCGAUAGAAUCAGCAAGGUUCUCCAUGGCGGCCAGCUCACUGAAGAAGAAGCUCAAUCUCUAACCAAGAGCAAGCCGUGCUCGGGGUAUAAAAUGAAAGAGAUCACUGGAAGUGGUAUAUUUUCAGCCAAUGCUGAAGAUUCAACAUCAGAAGCAGGUUCUGCAAAUUCAAAUGGCAGAACAAGCAGACGCUUAGUUCAGCAAGCAGUGAAUGGAAUUAGUCAGAUAUCAUUCAGCACUGAGGAAAGCGUUUCUCCUAAGAAGCCUGCCACUAUACCUGAGGUUGCAAAGCAGCGCGAACUGAGUGGGACACUGCAGAGUGAAUUGGACAGUAAGAGCAAUAAACUAAUCUCAAAUGCCAAGACCAAGGAGCUCACUGGAAAUGAUAUAUUUGGUCCUCCACCUGAAAUUGUGCCUCGUUCAGUGGCGGCUGCACGCAUUACGGAAUCAAAGGGAAGUAAAGAUAUGGGAGAACCUCUUCCCAGAAAUUUGAGAACAUCAGUGAAAGUUUCAAAUCCUGCAGGUGGCCAGAGUAAUGACUUAUUUGGUGAAGCACCCGUUCUGAAGACAUCAAAAAAGAUACAUGACCAUAAGUUAGCAGAGCUGACGGGCACUAAUAUCUUUCAGGGAAAUAAUCCUCCAGGAUCAGCAGAAAAGCCUCUGAGCAGGGCCAAGCUUAGAGAAAUGACUGGAAGCAACAUAUUUGCUGCUGAUGCAAAGGCAGAAACCAAAGACCCGAUUCGAGGUUCCCGCCAACCCCCUGGAGGAGAGAGCAGCAUUGCCUUACUUUAAGUGACGGCAUUCUACAAAUCUGUCUGAACUCACACGUUUUUAGGUACAAGGUUCAGUGUGGUUGUUCCGUUAUCAGCAUUGUAAUUUGUCAGUUUCAACUUUUAGCUAGAACGGGGCAUAAGUCACUCUUAGUUAGCACUUAAAUAAGCAAAGGUGAAACCGGUCUCACCUGGAUGAUGUUUCAGUGUUCACUUAUCCCCACCCUGCUAAUUGCUAAAGAAAACUUCAAUUAUGCCUCGUUUUCUUGAGUAAUCAAGGUCAAGGAACAUAUUUGAUCCUGCUGUUGUAUGACAUAGACUUGAGGGUGCAUUAAUCUUCCAAGGUAGGUACGUGCAAACAAACACUCCAGUGCAAGUCAUGUGAUUGUAGAAUCUGACUUCUAUGUGUAUUUUAUUUUUUUAGUUUUUUCUUUUAAUGUUUCAUGCAAACUUGUUCGGCCUAUUUCUCCUUUGCGGCUUGGAGAAUGGUGAUUAUUGUUAGUUGAACCCAUUUAUGUGUAUAUCCAACAAGUUAAUCUUUUGAAAUAA